AUAAAGCUGUGUUUAAAAAGAUGGUUGAGCCUCUCAUGCUACCACAACUCGAAAUUAUUGUAGAUGAAAGUCUGGGGUUCACUGUUAAAGUUUAUGGAUCGUUCUUGGUAGAGGAUCAUCCCGUAUACUUGAAGUACCGUCGUUCUUUGCAGAAUUUGACUUUUUCUAAUUUAGUCAAAGAAUUGGAGAGCUUGAGAUUGUGCAAUGGUGUGGAAGCAAUGGAACUGACUGGUAAACUUUUUCAUCAUGUUGUCCCUAUACAUCAUGAUUCGUUAAGUGAUGAUGAAGAACAGGAGCAAUUUCCACACAAAGGUUUCUGGAGAGUAAAGGGAUGCCUCCUUAUUUGUGAAGGAGGAGAAAAGAGUUGUUCUGUGUGCACCAUGUAUGCUGACAAUGUUAACAGUGCAAAGAAAAGUCAGGAAYGCAAACCUUUAAAGCCUGCACACCUCAAUGCACCAGUCUCAAAAACUGAUCCAGAAAGAAUCAAGCUGGCUUUACAGGGACAUCGACUGAAGUGCGCACAGCUUGAACAAGAACUAAAUGCAAUGCGUGAAGAACUUAAGAGAGCAAACAUGGAAAUUGGCAAUGAACUCAGCAAUGACUUUGUCAAUAUUCUUGAUUCUAACGAUGCUAAAAUAACUCCUUUUAUGAAGCUAUUUUGGCAGGAACAAAAGAAGAUGUUUAAUCGUAAAAGUACUGGUGUACGUUAUCAUCCCAUGGUAAUACGAUUUUGCUUGUCACUAGCUGCUAAGAGCCCAUCAUGCUAUGAGGAGUUACGCAACAGCGGAGUUUUAGUUUUGCCUAGUCAAAGAAGAUUAAAGGACUACAGAAAUGCCAUCAAACCACAGAGAGGCUUCCAGAAAGAAGUUAUUGAUGUCUUAAAGUCAGAGACAUCAAGUUAUUUUGAUGUCCAACGUUAUGUAGCUUUACUGUUCGACGAAAUGAAGGUGAUGGCAGAUCUUGUUCUAGACAAAGUGACAGGGGAACUGAUUGGAUUUACAGACCUCGGUGACCCUGACCUCAACUUUGCUACAUUAGAGAAAGCAGAUACAGUAGCAUCACACACUCUUGUAUUUCUUGUAAGAGGAUUGUGCACAGAACUCAAGUUUGGACUUGCACACUUUGCCACAACUGGGAUCACUUCUGCGCAACUUAUUCCAUUGUUCUGGGAAGCAGUUGGUGUUCUAGAGAUGUUGUGCAACUUAUGGGUCAUUGCAGCCACAUCAGACGGUGCUUCACCAAACAGGAGGUUUUAUCGUCUACACAAGGAACUUGAUGGUGGUGCUGAAGGUGAUGUGUGCUAUCGUACACUCAAUCUGUAUGCUCCUCACCGUUACAUAUACUUCUUCUCAGAUGCACCACACCUGGUUAAAACUACGCGGAACUGCUUGAAGAGCUCAGGAUCUGGUACAUGUACACGGUACAUGUGGAAUGACGGCCAAUACAUUUUGUGGCAGCACAUCACAGAGAUGUUUUUUCAGGAUAUAGAUAACGGCUUGAAACUAUUACCAAGGUUGACAUUUGAGCACAUCAAUCUGAAUGCGUACUCAGUUAUUCGAGUAAAUCUCGCUGCCCAGGUCUUGAGUGCCUCGGUAUCAUCCGUUCUUAAGGAAUUUGGGCCCCAAGGUGCUGAAGGCACUGCCAGGCUCUGUGAGAUGGUGGAUAAGUUCUUCGACUGUCUCAAUGUGAGAAGUCUUACAGAGAGCCAGAGGAAGCGAAAACCAUUCUUGGCUCCUUACAGAUCUGUUCAGGAUGAAAGAGCACAAACUAUCAAAUUCUCUACUGGUCCACUCAAAAUGUCUCCAUUGGCAAUCUAUCACAUCCCUUGCAACGUCACUUCUGACGACUUACCAACGGGAUUUGGUGUUUGUCCUUCCGUUCUCUCCAUAACCUUCCCUAUCUUUAGAAGGAAGAGAGUCAAAUUUGUUCCUUGGACUCCAUCCGAGAACAAUGCAACGUUGAAUCUUCACUUCAAAUCUUUGAACAUCCCACCUCCGUUGAAAUUUAAUAAAUCUGUAACAAAGGCUUUGGAUGAAACAUUCAAACGUCUAGAUGGAGAAUUCACGGCAAAACUCCGACGCGUUCGGGCUGAUAUCAAACAGAUCCACACCGUGAAUGUUACUCCUACUGCUACAAUCCUCGCUUCAAUCGUCUUGGUUUUCUCCAUGAUUAACAUUCUUGUGCUUGCUACCAUCUGUUGUUAUCAAUACCGCUAUAAAGGUGAUCAAUUUUCACUAAUCCAUCUGACACAACCAGAUCCCACGCGCCUAUCUGAACCACAAGACGUCGAGGUACAGCACAGCGACCAAGUCAUCCCUUGUCCAGAUUGUGGAAGUACCUCCGACGUCGACAUCCAAUAG